CACAGAAUCCAAAGCAGGCUCCAGGCUCCGAGCUGUCAGCAUGGAGCCCCACGCAGGGCUUGAACUCACAAACUGAGAUCAUGACCUGAGCCCAAGUCGGAUGCUUAACUGACUGAGCCCCCCAGGCGCCCCAUACAAAUAUCUUCCUCUUACCACCACCCGUACCCCAGUAUUCCCUCAUUUACACUCUGACUGAGUCUGUAGACACCCCCUUGACAAGACAAAGCUUUUAUAAUCCCGCCCCCCCUCCCCCAAGCCUCCUCCCUGUCCUAAUUCUGUCCUUCCUCCAACUUUUCCCUCUCCAGCUCUACCCUUCCCCGCCCAGGCUGGCCCACAAUUCACGGUCACCCUCGUCUCUUCCCCGUGGACUACCUCCCGCCAUGUUCCCCUGAGCCCCCAAGGAGGGGGCUCAGGGGGCCCGAUGGCCUCCCGCCCCCCGUGGCCCCACAGCCCCCGUGGGCCAGGGGAAGUGCCUCGAAAGCCCCAGUGCCGAGGAUGGGCAACCGCACGUGGGAGGGCUGCCACGUGGACUCGCGCGUGGACCACCUCUUCCCGCCGUCCCUCUACAUCUUCGUCAUCGGGGUGGGCCUGCCCACCAACUGCCUGGCCCUGUGGGCGGCCUACCGCCAGGUGCGGCAGCGCAACGAGCUGGGCGUGUACCUGAUGAACCUGAGCAUCGCCGACCUGCUGUACAUCUGCACGCUGCCGCUGUGGGUCGACUACUUCCUGCACCACGACAACUGGAUCCACGGCCCCGGCUCCUGCAAGCUCUUCGGGUUCAUCUUCUACACCAACAUCUACAUCAGCAUCGCCUUCCUGUGCUGCAUCUCCGUGGACCGGUACCUGGCUGUGGCCCACCCGCUGCGGUUUGCCCGCCUGCGCCGCGUCAAGACGGCCGUGGCCGUGAGCUCUGUGGUCUGGGCCACGGAGCUGGGGGCCAACUCGGCACCCCUGUUCCACGACGAGCUCUUCCGUGACCGCUACAACCACACCUUCUGCUUUGAGAAGUUCCCCAUGGAGGGCUGGGUGGCCUGGAUGAACCUCUACCGGGUCUUUGUGGGCUUCCUCUUCCCGUGGGCGCUCAUGCUGCUGUCCUACCGCGGCAUCCUGCGGGCCGUGCGGGGCAGCGUGUCCACCGAGCGCCAGGAGAAGGCCAAGAUCAAGCGGCUGGCCCUCAGCCUCAUCGCCAUCGUGCUGGUCUGCUUCGCGCCCUACCACGUGCUCCUGCUCUCACGCAGCGCCGUCUACCUGGGCCGCCCGUGGGACUGUGGCUUCGAGGAGCGCGUCUUCUCAGCGUACCACAGCUCACUGGCCUUCACCAGCCUCAACUGCGUGGCCGACCCCAUCCUCUACUGCCUCGUCAACGAGGGGGCCCGCAGCGACGUGGCCAAGGCCCUGCACAAUCUGCUCCGCUUCCUGGCCAGUGACAAGCCGCAGGAGAUGGCCAACGCGUCGCUCACCCUGGAGACCCCGCUCACUUCCAAGAGGAACAGCAUGGCCAAGGCCAUGGCAGCUGGCUGGGCGGCAGCUCCACCCUCCCAGGCGGACCAGGUCCAGCUAAAGAUGCUGCCGCCAGCACAGUGAACCUCCGACUUGCGCACAACUCCCUCUCCCCGCUCCUCAAAUCGUAGCCCACAUUCCCUUCCCUCCUGGUCUGAUGUAUGCAAACCGUAUGCAAAUAAGGCUGCGUUAACAUUCGGGAGAGUGUAAGAAAAUAGGAAAACGGUGAGGUUGGUGGGUCACUGGUCCAUCAUCAUCCACCGUGACCUCCUUCAGUUUAUCUGUGCCUAGCACUGCGCUGGGUGGUACUCGUGACAUAGCGGUGACCAAGGACACCGCUGGCCCUUCUUCACUCGCCCACACUCCCAUGGGGGAGGCAGACCUGCCCCCAGACAGUGAUGAUCCUGACUGGGUGGGGGCUCAGACAGGGAGCCCAAAGGACAUCGGACCCAGUCUGUGAGUCAGGGAGGGCUUCCUGGAGGAGGGGACAAGGUAAAUGAAGUCAAAUGUUUGGUCUCCAGAAGGUAAAGACCAAAAGAGAAAAAAGGAUAUUUCCAACAAGGAGGUAGAAUUUUUGUGACUGAAGGAAACGGAAGAAGAAAUUCACUGAGUGCAGAGUGAACAUCUUUGCCCUUGGGAAGCCCCUGAUCAUAUAAGGGAGUGAGGGCACAAAGAACACGUGUGAGUUUCUAGAUAAACCGUGUUCUCCAAGUCAGGACUGAGGGCCAGGGAGACUUUCAGAACCUAAAGGAAGGGCAAUCGGGGCAGACUGGCUGGAGGAGUGGCGAGCAGGGCAAGCUUGGGAAGGGGCUCAGGACAAGAGAAGGGUAUUUAUUCAUUUGUUCAACAGAGAUUUAUUUAUAUCUACUCUCUGCCCAGCCCUGUGCUGGCUGGGGCUGGGAACACAAGGGUGACCAAAUCAGCCCAGGCCCCACCCUCACGGGGCUCACGGUAAACAAGUAAAUAAAAAUAAAUACAAUGUUUGGAACUGGUAAGUGUACUGGGGAAAAAUACAGCCGACUGAGGGGACGGAGAACUCUGAUCUAGAGAAGGAGGUCCGGGGAGGGCUCACCGGAAAGCGACAUUCGAGCUAAGACGUGCAGGUGUGGGGGUCAGCCGUGUGGCUGUCGGUGGGGAAGCGGACGGCACGCAGAGGGAACAGAGAAUGCAAAGCCAAGGAAUAGUGGUAUAGAUGGAGCAGGAGGCCUGCAGGGUGAGGGGAAUGGUCGCCGAUGGAUGAGACUGGCAAAGGACGGGC